UGCUAAAGACAACCACCAUUUCGUCACCCUCCAUUAAACCCUUCUCUCUUUCUCUUUCUCUCUGUAGCAUAUCCUUCUUCACCUUCAAUGGCCAAAACAGAGUGAAAAACCAAAAAAAAAAGAGAGAAAAAUGGAAUCAGAGAAGCCCCAUCGCAGCACGGGCAAUAAUAGCAGUAGCAGCAGCACCAGCGAGUUGUUCAUCUGCUUCACGUCGCGACUCUCAGCGUCUUCCUCCAUGAAGCUCUCGUCCAAAUCGAUUCUCAGCCCAGGCCGCAGCAGAGAACCAUCCCAGCUCUCUCUCUCGGCCUCUCUAAGCCGAAGGCUGAGAAGCAAUGGCAGCAUGAAGGGUGGGCAGGCCUCGCCAAUGUUCCCAACAGGGGGGAAGAAACGAGGGUGUGCUUUCGAAAACCCAGAGCCCUCGUCUCCCAAAGUUACCUGUAUUGGGCAGGUGAGGGUGAAGACGAAGAAGCAGGGGAAAAAGAUAAGAACGAGAUCGAAGAGAAGAGGCGGCGAGGCGAGCUUUCGGAGAGCGGAGCAGCAGAAUAUGAGCGUUGUCACGCAUCAAGACCUUAAUAUGAACAUUCAGAACAAUCCGAAUGGUCAGGAGCAUCGGAACCAAAGGUGGGUGCAUCUGCCAAUAACAAUUUGCGAGGCUCUGAGGGCAUUCGGCGCCGAGUUCAAUUGCUUUCUUCCGUGCCGGUCUUCGUGUAUGACAGGGGAGAGGGAAAAGGAAGAGAAAGCCGCCGCAAGAUCGGACGGUGGUGAGAAUGGGAACGGGAACGGGAGCUCUUGUGGGGCUGCGUUUGCGAGGUGGCUGGUGGCAAUGCAAGAAAGCGAAGGGAAGGGGAGGGAGAUGGAGUUGGUGGUGGGAGAGGAAGAUCAGAGGGUGACGGAGAGGAGUCACAGUCUGAGGAGGAUGGAGAUUUUUGAUGAGGGGAAUGAGAUUAAGGAAGAGAGGAAUGAGGAUUUGGAGGAAGAGGAAACGAGGGUGAGUCUUUGUAUUCCGCCCAAGAAUGCUUUGUUGCUCAUGAGGUGUAGAUCUGACCCAGUGAAAAUGGCGGCCCUGGCGAAUCGGUUUUGGGAGUCUCCGGUUCAUAAUGUUGAGGACGAGGAUGAUGAUCAGGAUGAAGAUGAAGAUGAAGAUCAGAGAGAUGAGAAAGAAGAACAAGCGAACGUGGAAGUGGGUGAAGAAAGGCAAAGAGAACUUGGGGUCGAAACAGAGGAUGAGAUUUGUGGAAGUGAUGGUGAAGAGCAUGGACACCCAGAAGUAGAAGCAAACUUGGUUAUGGAGGAACAAGAUGAGGAUGUGGAAGAAAACCCAGAACAAAGCCCAGAGGUCACCGAUGAGCUACAAGAACACCUAGUAGAGCAAGAAGAAGACGAAGAAGAAGAGAUGAACCCUGAAGUACCAGCAGAAGAAACUCCGUUGAGCUGUUCUUCACCUGAAGCUCUUGUAGAUCCAGAGAACUCAGAGAUGGAACAAAGCAUACCCAAACUGGUUCAAGAGAAUGAGCAUAUCCUAGAAGAUAAACCUGAAGCACAAUAUAAUGAAGAACAAGAAGCAGAAGAUUUCAAAGAAGCAAGGUUUUCCUCUUCUUCCUUAGUAUCCGUACAGUCAGAGCAAGAAACAGAAGGAGAAGAAGAAGAAGACGAAGAAGAAGAAGCAAAUAGUGGAGCUUUAGGUGAAGAAGCGGAGGAGAAAGAGACACCAGAGAGGCCUCGGGAAGACGAAGAGACAGCGACCCAUCAAAUAUCCGAACCCGAAUACCCAAAAUACAACGAAUGGGAUCCGGGCUUAGAGCCAAAGAUCCGAAAAAGUGAAGUAAAGCCAGAGAGAGACAGCUCGGUCUUGCCGGAUUGCUUGCUUCUGAUGAUGUGCGAGCCGAAGCUAUCCAUGGAGGUCUCCCGGGAGACCUGGGUCUGCAGUACGGACUUCAUCCGAUGCCUCCCAGAGAGACCGGUCAGCAAAACCAACGGAGGAGAUGAGGUCAAGAAAAGAGUGAGCACAGAGGACUCAAAUCCUACUCAACCGGCGCACCAGUUCCUGCAGCCGCCGAGGUCUUCGUGUUCGUUCCCGCUGGCGGCGGCGGCGAAUGCGGGAGCCGGCGCGUCGAUGGCGAGCAUGAUAGAGCAGAAGCUGGUCGGGGCCAAGGGGUGCGAGCCGUUCGUACUGACGCGGUGCAAGUCGGAGCCGAUGAGGUCGGCGUCUAAGCUCGCGCCGGAGAAUUGUUUCUGGAAGAAUCGGAAGCUGGAGCCGCACCGCCCGGGUACCCUCGGAAUGGGCGCGGCUGGGGUUGGGUUCUGAGCCGCCGAGGUAAUAAUGGGAAUCUAGUAAAAAAGCAAAAAAGUGGGGGGCAAAUCUUUGUUUUUACUGUAGGUUGAUAGGCUGCUUUUACUGCUCACUUCCAUGUUUGUAAAUCUUUGGUUAAUGAUUUCGGAGCAAUUAUUUUUUUCUUCUUUAAUCAUUUCCUCAUUUGGUUAAUAAUUACACAAUGCAAGUGUAAAUCUA